AUGAGCUCAAGCAUCACCAAGUCUGGCCAGCAGAACAAGCCUGGUCAAGGUAGUCUGCCACCAGGCGUCGCUCCAAGCAGUCAAGCCAUCUUGUUGGACAAGCUCAACGUCCGCCGAGCAACGCCUGACUCAAUCUCUGAAGCGGUUGCCAGUUCAGACGACGAAGCCGAUGCACAUCGUCAAGAUCACCUAUCAUCUUUCCAGCAACAGAAACCAGUCCGCCGAACUUCUUGGUUGACCGAAGCGUCGCAGGCAGGAAUUCGCCCGAGGAAGGGGUCAUUUGCGAGCAGCUCCAUGUCGCCCACAGCUUCGCAUCCGAGCACCCCCUCUGCCGAGUCUGGUGCCGCGGCCUGGGGCCCCCACCCAACCUCAGCUACAGGCAUAGGACGGCCCCAAAUCGGUUCCAACACAUUCACCUGGGGAACAGGCAUUUGGAACAGCGACAGGAAGGAACCGCCGGCUCGCCUUGCUGAGGUGUUGCCAUCACCCAACUCUCUUCCGACUAGUACUUCAUUACUUGGCCCUGACGGCGGGCCGCACCAGACAUCUCCCGCGCCGAGGGAAUCUGGACCAAAUUCUCAGAUACCAUUCGCGAUUCCCAUCCACCCGACCCCGAAAAACUACCGCUCGCAGUCAUAUUCUGUCGGCCAGCUUGACCCGGAAACACCAAACGCCAUGAUGGGAUCUUCCGCUAUCUUGGGUUCUCGCAACCGGGGAAUCCCUCAUUCCGGCCUUCAGCACCGACCAUCGAGGCCUAGCAUGCUCAGUGAGAUGUCGAAUGAGGGUGGAAUGCUUGGGAAGGUAAAAGAGGUUGAGGAUGACGAAACUGGGAGUGUAGAAGCAGCGCAAGGGCAAGCCCAAUCGGCAGAGGCCAAAACGAUUGAGAUGCUCACGCGGGAGAACGCAAUGUUGCGUCAACAACAAUACCAUGCCGCUGCCAACCGCAUGAGACCCAGAGCAUCGACUGGGUUUGGUGGUAUUGGGAAUGGCUAUGGUCUGCACGACCCAGUACCGGAGGAGAACUCUGACUAUGCUGUGGACCUCGACGAGUCGGGAGAACUUUCCGACCUGGCAGGCAAGAGGGCUUUCGGUCGGAGAAUGAGCGAGUUUGGCUCUGGUCCUUUCCGGUCUUCAUUCUCUCUAGAGAACCGCCCGUUGGAGAACGUAAAGAAGGCUCUGUGGUCGAGUUCUCUUGGGUUCGGUGGCUUGGCAGACAUUCCACAGAGCAGACGCCAUUCUUUUGCUGAAAUCCCAACCCGGCAGCCAUCCAUUGGUUCCAUUGGCGAUCACGUUCAUGCGCAGGAUCCAGGUUCUCAGGAAGGUCAGGACUUUGCUGUCGGACAAUACGAGAACUCUCUGUUGAAUGCGGGCAAUGCCGGUGCUUACUUUACUGGUCCAUCCGGAAUCAACAGUAGCCAGCAGGCGCUUAUGCAGUCGGCCUAUUCAAACAUGUACCCGUCGCCUUAUGGAUUACAGGCUCCGUUUUCGAAUAGGCCCCCUUCUCCACACCGAGCGUUAUACGGCAUGCCUCAGCCACGACACGCUCAAAAGCUUCACAUUGUUCUCUUCAAAUGUAAUCGAGCGGAUGUCUUCUACAUACAGGAGGGCACUGGUCUCACAGUGAAACCGGGCGACCUGGUCAUAGUUGAGGCUGACCGAGGGACUGACCUGGGCACCGUUGCGAGAGACAAUGUCGAUUGGGGCUCAGCCAAGGAGCUCAAGGAGCUCUACGCCGAGGAGCAUUACAAGUGGCUUAUGAUGUUCUCCCAGAACGCUGCAGUGGCUCAAGACGGAGCGGGCGCCGGCUUGAUGGCAGCUUCUAACGGCAUGCAUGGGGGCGCUGUAGGAGGGAUGGGUCCACCGAGUCAGCAUCACAUGCAAGAACCGAACGCCGGUGAACUCAAGCCCAAGCUCAUUAAGCGCCACGCUCAGCCCCACGAGAUCCAGGCUCUGCGAGAUAAGGAGGGUAGCGAGGCGAAGGCGAAGCGUGUUUGCCAGUCGAAGGUUAAGGACCACGGCCUGAACAUGGAGAUUCUCGAUGCCGAGUUUCAAAUGGACUGGAAGAAAUUGACCUUCUACUACUUCGCCGACUCUUACAUCAAUUUCAACUCUCUUGUGACCGACCUCUUCAAGAUCUACAAGACUAGAAUUUGGAUGUCCGCCAUCAACCCAGCUUCUUUCGCCAGCCCUUCCCUGGGUCUGCAAACCCCAAGCGGCAUUGGCCCCGGGGCCGUUGGUGUUGGCAGAGGUGGCUCCUCUGAUCGUCGCCAGAACCAGCAGCAGGAUCAGUCCACUUUCCCCAGCUCCUCGUCCUCGGGCCGACCUUUUCAACCAGCUCUAACUUCACCGUUUGGGAACGAACGGGCCGCCGCUCCUUUCACUCAACCAAGCUACCCGUACAACUACAACAGCUCCUUCGCAAAUGUGCCUCGACCGACCUCCUAUACCCCCACAGCUACAUCCUCAAUGGAUUCAUACCCCACGACCUUUCCCGGCGGUGACUAUCAGCUGCGCUCUCGGGCAUUCCCGCCACCCCAGAGCGGGGCGCAGCAGCAUGACCAGCCGGUUUCUCCUUUGACCACCCAAAACGACUGGGCCGGAUCAUUCCAGAGCCUCUCUCUCAACAGCCGUUAG